AUGGCUGCUUCUCCACCACGUAUCGCUGUAGUUGGAGGCGGAAUUGCUGGAACACUGGCAUCGCUGGUCCUUCGGAAUCGAGGUCUCGUGCCAGUCAUUAUCGAUCAAGGCCAAGAUGUGGGUGGUCGUCUACGAGGAGUCUCGCGUUCCAAGAUAGGAGGAAAUUUGGAUGCUGGAGCUCAAUUUCUGAGAGCAUCAGAUGCGCGAUUGCAACCAGUGUGGCACAUGUUGGAACAACAAGGAUUGCUGGCUUCCUGGAGGGGGCGAUUUGGAAUGUUGGGAAAUUCAGGCGGAGGUUUUCUUCCAGCAUCGAUAGUGGGACAAGCCACAGCAGCGGGCAUGAGAAAGCAACACCCAUCGGAUUCAGACAACAAGGAAGACCAAGCUGGUGAUGGGCAAGCUGUUGGGGCGUCGUCACCAACUGAUUCGGGUGACUUUUGUGGUUUUGUUACCAACUAUGGUACCAACGACAAGGUCACUCCCACCUAUGUCGCAGUACCCAAUAAUGAAUCCUUGUGUCCCAACAUUUGCCGCCUUGCCUCGAUUGACAAAAUAUCAAGCACGACAGUCUUGGGCGCCCAAACCAACCCAGAAGGUGGUUGGGUCUUGAAUGUGGACGGUGACAUGCAGUCUGGGGAUAUGUCAUUCGAUGCUCUUGUUUUGGCAUCUCAUGAUCCAUCCUUGGCGGCCAAUACAAUCGAAUCCAUAAUAGAAGCCGAAAAGAUGGCCAGUGAUGCUUCACCAGACGAUGCGCAUUCCAAACUCUUGGAGCGUCUUGGCAAUUUGGUAUCGGACCUGCACAAAACUCGUAACGCCAAACAGCCUGUGUUCUCCUGGUCUGGGAAAUUUCCCACUGAAUUGACCCAAUCUCUCGACUUUGACGCCGCUAGUGUACCUGGAUCACACGUGGUGCAGUUUGUCGCCCGCGAAUCUUCCAAACCACAGUAUGCUUCGAAUGCUGCGGAAGAUACUGAAAUCUGGACUGCCAUUUCCACUUCGCUCCUGGCACAAGACAUUCUGAAACGACAUUCGGGAAGAGAAGCUAGCGAGGAAGCCACUACCGUUAUGAGCGAAGCAGUGUCCAAAUUGCUGUUUCAAAACGAAGCGAAUAACAAUGUUCUUCCACAAGACGCCUCGGCAGUGCGAUGGGGAGCUGCCUUUUCAUCUCCCACUUUGGGCCUCAAGGAAGACAGCAUCUUUCUAAAUCCUUGGAGGCUGGCCAUUGCAGGAGACUUUGUCAGCGAUGCCUAUCCCAGUCCUCUAGAAGCUGCUGCAUUGUCAGGGUUGGAAGCGGGAGAACGGGUGGCAGCCAUGUUCCAAGCCAUGGGUUCCAUUCCUCCACCGCAAUAA